UCAUUGCCAGUUAUUACAGUUGCAGUAACUACUGGCUUCAGGCUUGAGCUUAACAGUCAUCAUGGUCUUUACACUGGUAGCUCUCUCUUCUUAAUCAAUGAUCAUGUGCUCCAAAUUCACUUGCUUGACUUGAUCACAUGCAAUAGCCUAUCGCACACGUACACGGAUCUUUUUCAUAUAUGCUGCCUGGAGGCUACCGAAAUUUCACGUUCACUCUACAGAACCAGCUUCAUUUUCUGUUGCGGUGAUAGAUAUUUCUUCCUUCAAGUCUUUUCCCACCUCUCUCACCCCCACUCUCACUUAUUCUCUCUCACUCUCUCUCACUCUCUCUCAUACAUAUUUCCCCAAUACAGAAUUAUACCGUGAGCUUUUAACUCACUGACCCAUCACUUUUGUUCUGUCCGUCCAGGACUCCAACCUUCACCAUGUCGGCUAUUACUGACGAACCGGUGUUCAAAUGCAGAUCUCCUGGCUGCACCUAUAGCUACAAGAAGCUCAAAUGGACACUGGAGCACAUGAAGAAUGUCCACGACUACUGCGUGAAGUGCGAUGAGCUUUUCAACGAUUGGCAGCAGAUGGUCGACCACAAGAUCACUGAUGAGAGGCACACCGAAGACCCGGACGAGGUCCCGAUCUGCCACAUCUGUGGCACAGAAUUCGCCGAGAAGAUUGAACGCGUGCAGCAUUUCACCCGGUUCCACCCGUUGAUCCAUAGUGUCAACUGCGUGGGCUGCGGAAAGCCCUUCGGAACCCCCGCUGCCUACGUAAACCACCUCGAGAAGGGGUUUUGCAAGAAAAUUACAUCUGACCGGUUCUAUGGACGCGUUCAACACAAGAGCAUCGUCAAAACCAUCAUGACGGACCCCGACGCAGCGAGAUUGGUUUUCGCCAAGGACUUCUCUGGAGCUGCGGAAGAUGCAAAUGAUGUGACCUCGCCCGUCGGAGGAAUUGAGGCCGUUGUCGAUGACAAAUCCCCGCCUUCGAUCAAGGAAGCUAGUAUGGAAGAGGCCACAGCAGUCAAGACUGCUCGAAGCAAUGAAGGGAUGGAUGAGGUCGAGAUGCCGACGUUGGGUUUGGACGACCCCGAUAUUCCGUUCGUGAACUGGGACGACGAUGAUGACCCCUAUGGGCUGAAACUCAGCCAUCCUCCUGUUCUUUCCGUGUCGAAGGCAACCUUCCCAGUCUCUCCAGUCCAAGACGAACUGAAGGCAACCUCACCAGUCACUCCGAUCGAAGCCGAAAUCAAGACAGUCCACCCACUCCCGGUGGAGCCUAUUGCUGCCCCAACUGAAUCCAAAGCCCUGGGCGAUGUUGAACUUCCUCCUGAACUACUCGCGAAGUUCAUGGCAGCGGAUGGAAACAUCAUGGACGAUCUUAUGGGCGGCUUGGAAGAGAUGGGUCUCCUUUCCGUGAACGACGAUGCCCAUCACCAGCGGCAACCGAGGGCGGAACCCACGGAGCAACUUGUUCACCGCACGCACGGCUGGGAAAAGGCACUGACCGUUGAGUAUAAGUCUCGAGUCGAUCUCGUCCCGUACGGGAACAACUCGAUAUUCAAACUUGAAACCUGGGAUCCCAACCACCCCGACUUCAAUUGCGACCCCUUCUACAACCCGAUCCAAGAAUGUUACGCAUGCCCCUAUCCGUCAUGUUCUGAUACGCUACCCUCCAAGGAGAAUGUCAAGGCGCAUUUCGCGACGAUCCAUGCAAUUAGGUUCGCGGGGUGUCCAAUUUGCCAACGACGGUUCAAGUCAUUUGCGGGACUUACGGCCCACGUCACCGCGCCAGACAACCGGCGCUGCAGCAUUGGACACUCGAAUAAGUUCAAUGAGUAUCUGGAUCAGAUCACUGGUGGAUUCGUGACUAUGGAGGAAACCUGCGGGAGGGAGGGUGAGGGUCAGGAGUACGAGGUUGUUAAGCGGUACAGUGAGGCUAAGCCCGUGGGCUGGGAUCAAGAGAUGGGGAGGAGAAAGAAUGUGGUCGUCGGACGCCCUGCCCUGUCUUCUACUUAAGUCGAUGGAGGAUUCGUUACCAACGAAAUGGGUCAGGUCUCGGGGGAGUGGGCGGUGAACGAUGUGGCAAAGAUUGCUGAGGCAGUUCAC